AUGAGCUUGUUCCUUAAUUUACUUAUUUUGAUUGAUGCAGCAAGUGUUGCUUUUCUCUCAGUAACAUUUAUUAUGAUCAAUUUAAAUGAAGAAAUUUUGUUAAACCAAACGCACCGAGAAAAUGGGAAAAAAGCAUUGAUUGUAGCAAUAUUGUUUUAUGCAGGUUUUUUAAUUUUACUAUUUACAUACAAAGCCUACAAAAGCAAGCGUAAGUUGUAUAACAACUUUUUCAUGAAGAAGAGAAAUGCUCCAAGGUAUGUUCAGCUCUCCAGCACUUAUUUUUCGUCAACAGAUGAGUACGAGCAGUAUGAACUAAGUAAAAUAUAG